AGUCCCUUUACGCAAACAGGAUGCACACAGUUUACGCGCACUUCCAGCAGCACGCAACACUCCGGAGCAAAAAUAACUAUGUUUUAGUGUUUCCCGUUUAAGUCGCGUUUGGAUAUAGGCUCGCCAGGUGGAAUUGGGACACAUCAGAAACCACGUUCUUCACAGACGCAGCCAUGGAGGAGCAGCGGGAGCUGAACAGCACGGAUAGCAGUGAGGGGGAGAGCGUGUCCCCGUCUCCCAGCCUGCCCUCGCCGCCCAUACUGCCCCUGCAGGUCGCACAGCAGGCCCACAGAACCACCAACUUUUUCAUCGACAACAUCCUGCGGCCAGACUUCGGCUGCAGGAAGGAACUCGUGGGUUUGGGGGCGAGAGACAGGGCGCACAGCUCCGGCCGGGAGCGCGUGCACCCGGUGGUCAGCAGGCCCAGCCACCCAGGGACUCCGUGCCAGGACUCGAACUGCAGCAGCGAUAGCACGUCGUCCUCCGCCUCCUCCAUCUCUUUAGCGAGUUCAAAAAAGAGCAACAGCGGGAGCGGAGGAGGCGCCGCAGCCGCCUCCUCCGCGGGGAGCGGCGGCUUGAAAGCGGAGGAGAGGACUGGAGGCGCAGCGGGGGAGAACACCUCCUCGUCUCUGGUGGUGCUAAACGGCACUACGGCGCCCACACCGGAGAGUCAGCCGCUACUUUGGCCUGCGUGGGUUUACUGCACCCGCUACUCCGACAGACCCUCAUCUGGUCCAAGGACACGGAAAAUAAAAAAGUCCAAAAGCGGCAAAGAGGACAAGCGGCCGCGCACGGCCUUCACGGCCGAGCAACUGCAGAGACUGAAGACGGAGUUCCAGGUGAACCGGUAUAUCACGGAGCAGCGCCGGCAGAGCCUGGCCCAGGAGCUCAACCUGAACGAGUCCCAAAUCAAGAUCUGGUUCCAGAACAAGAGGGCCAAAAUCAAAAAGGCCAGCGGCUUCAAGAACGGCUUGGCGCUGCAGCUGAUGGCGCAGGGACUGUACAACCAUUCCACCACCACCAUCCAGGAGAACAAGGAGGACAGCGACUGAGGACGCCAGGAGCCGGCGGAUGCACCGCCGUGUACACUGUAAAUAUAUUCUAUCUAAUUUAAUAAGGCACCUGCAGGAGCGGAUCCACAGCAGCUCUGCUUCUCCAGAGGGACUAGAAAAUAAAGUGCAGAUUGACUGUCACCUGCAAAACCAAAGAUUUUAUUGGAAAAACAGCCUGGACAGUUACAAAAA